AUGCCAUCAAUAAUAGUAAGCAAGAAAAUUUCUUUUUAUCGACUCGAAAUACUUUAUCAAAAACUUAAUUCUAAAUUUGAUAUGAUGAAUUGGGACGAUAUUUUGGAUUUUAUUCCUCUAAAAGAUUAUGUUCCAGUAAUGAAUCGUGGUUUAAAUUUUGAUCUUGAAACCUUAAAAAGAACUCUUAAAAUACCUGAUACUGGUUCUGGAAACUAUAGUGAAAAAGAUAUCCAUUAUAUUCGUGGAGGUAGACGAUAUGGUAUUGAAUUUUUCGACACAAUAGAUACUGACGAAAAACUACAAAGAUAUUCGAAAAAAUUUUAUAUAUCUGAUUUAAUAAAACGAAAUGAAACUCUAUUGCAUUUUGGAUCUUUACAUGGAUCAAAUAGGAUAAUUCUUAAACAGCCUGAAAAUAUUGAAUUCUUAAGAAAAGUAAUGAAAGAUUUGAGAUUUAAGCAUCCUAUAUUAAUGGAUAGUGUUAAGAGAAUUAUUGAUGAACUAGGUGGUCCAAGAAGCUUUAUUGGUGUUCAUAUAAGAACUGGGGAUGGGGUUUUUAAAAAUAGAAAAAACAAGAUCAUUAAUGACAUUUUUGAUAAAAUGAGUAAUUAUUCAAAUAGUCAUAAUUUAACUAAUAAUUUUUUACGUAAACCUCUACCAAAUAAUGCUUCAAAAAAUGUUUUAAAAUGCUUAGAGCGUCCGGAAUCAUUAGUAAUUUACAUAGCAACCGACGAACCAAAGCCUAAAGAAGCUUUCGAAUCAAAUUUAAAUUCUUGUAUUUUUGUAUUAUCUGAUUUUAAUGAUCAUUUAAAACCUUUGAAUAAUCUUAAGUUUACUCCUUUUUUUAAAUCUUUGGUGGAUUUGUUGGUCGUUUCUAAUGGUGUUGAGUUUAUAGGAACUAGACGAAGCACUUUUUCAAAGUUGGCAAAAGCAAUUCACGAAUAUCAGUAA